ACAACACUAAUUGUCACAAUUACUAUCAUAGCUACUACUACGAUACAUCUAUCUGUCCUUUUCCGCCUCCGCCUCCACGUGUUUAUUACUCCAGUUUGCCGCGUACUACUUUUAGCGCGGCUAGAAACAGUACUGCGGCACUACAUCAGGCUAGAAACAGUACACUUGAUGCUAGAAGCAGUACAAUGUCACUACAACAGGCUAGAAACAGUACACUCGAUGCUAGAAGCAGUACGAUGUCACUACUUCCUAGAAACGGUUCUUGUGAACCUAGAAACAGUAUGUUGUCGCCGCUUGAGGCUAAAAACAGUACAAUGACAGCAGAGACUAGAAACAGUACGAUGUCACUACUUCCUAGAAACAGUACUUGUGACGCUAGGUGCAGUACAAUGACACUUUCACAAGCUAGAAACAGUAUGUUGUCGCCACUUGAGGCUAAAAACAGUACAGAGAGUAGAUACAGUAUGAUGACACUACAACAGGCUAGAAACAGUAUGUUGUCUCUGCAACAGGCUAGAAACAGUAUUAUGUCGUCGAUUGAGGCUAGAAACAGACCAUUGUCUUCACUUGAGGCUAGAAACAGUACGAUGUCACUGCAGGCUAGAAACAGUACACUGACACCAGAGACUAGAAAUAGUACAAUGGAACUAUUGGCUAGAAACAGUACAAUGUCACUGCAGGCUAGAAACAGUGCGAUGACGGCUAGAAACAGUACACCGACCGGGGACAUCACUCUGCGCACAAGAACACUACCGGCUAAAAACCGUACAGUGACCGCGGAUUACGGUUUGCGUACUAGAACCCUGCCGGCUAGAAACCGUACAGAUUCGGCCUGGCAGACUAAAAACCGUAUUCUGACCGAGAACAUGUAUCUGAUGCGUAACUAUAACGAGUGUGGCAGUAUGUCGUGUAGAGUGGACGGUUUGGAAGGUAGUCGGUAUGUACUGCCAACUUUCAGUGGUCUGGUGGGACUUGGUGAGGUUUUUCAACAGUAUUCGGGGAACAGUGCGAGAGAGAUGGGAGGUAGUGUUAUGUCUUCGUCGGCUACGGCUACCUCAUACGCUAUUACGACAAGUGACAGUGACGAGGAAAAUGAUGGUGAUCGUUGAAAGGUUGUUUUGAUCUCAAAAAACAUUAUUUUUUCCUCUUCUCAAAUUCAAAUUCAUGAAAUAUGACAUAUUUACAAAAUAUAAAAGUGUUAUGAAUUGCACGAAUAUUCCCCUGCAUGGAUGAUUUGUCCUUGUGCAGGGAAAGUUUUGAUGCCAACUUGAACUGUUGUUAAUACAUUGUCGUAUUCAACUUUCAUGUAAAACUUGUGUGGAAGUGAAAUAUGAUAUAUUAUCAAGCUGGAUUAUCCUAUAUCAAUAUCAUUUAUCAAUAUCAGUGAAAGCUACUGGCACAGUGAGAAUACAUCUCACUUUUUUAGAGCUACUGAAUUUAUAAAAAAGCAAUGAAAGUUAUGAAUCAUAACACGACUAUAGUGAGGUCCACGUUAUAAUGACAGUGUUUGAUUAGCAAUUGUAUUGUUAUCCUAGUCUAUCAUUCAACAAAGCGGAUAGCG